UAGCUCGGAUCCCAAGGUCAGCCAUCGAGGACCAAGAUAUACACUUCCUACCCAGGAGAUACCAACAAUUCGCUCACGUCGUCCUCCCAGGCUUCAGCACGUGGCCUGUUUUAAUUAUCUCAGGCAUGCCGUUACGGCCUAUCUUGUACCAGACUCUGUUUAACCUGGACCAGAAUGUCCCCCAUUGUGAACUACGACCACGAAAGCGGAAUUCCCGUUGUAGACUUUGGCCCAUUCCGAGACGGGACUCGGAAGCAAGAAGUCGCUGAUGCCAUCCUAAAGUCCUUCAAGGAGGUCGGGUUUGUAUAUUUAGUCAAUCAUGGCAUACCCCAAGAGAAGAUGGACGGUAUCAUUGGUUGGGCCAAGAAGUUUUUCGCCCUUCCCAUGGAAAUAAAGAUGCUGGCUCCACAUCCUCCUCUUGGUACUCAUCAUCGUGGCUACUCGCCACCUGGGCUUGAGAAAAUCAUCCAGCAUGAAUAUGAUCCUGACAAGAUUGUUCAAAGCAGAAAGAAGGCUCCGGAUGCAAAAGAAAAUUUUGAAUCCGGGAAAGAGAAUGACAAAGUCAUACCGAACAUCUGGCUGCCCGAUGGAAUUUUGCCAGGGUUCAAGGAGGCAUGCUUGGAUUAUUUCUGGACCUGUUACGAUGUGGAGUUGAAUGUCUUUAGGGCUCUCGCACUUGGCUUUCGCAUCAACGAGGAAUAUUUUACCGAAUACCACUCUGCUGCUGACAAUCAACUUCGUAUAUUGCAUUAUUUCAGCGUUCCUGUCAAAGAUGUCGAAGAAGGAUUGGCCCCCCGUAUCGGAGCGCAUUCGGAUUUCGGUAGCAUCACUAUGUUACUUCAAGACCAAGCCGGUGGUCUCGAAGUUGAAGAUCCUCAUAGCCCUGGCGAAUUCAAAGCGGCGACACCUAUUCCUGGUUCUCUCGUGAUAAAUGCAGGCGACCUUUUAAUGCGAUGGUCCAACGACACCAUUCGAAGCACCGUUCACCGCGUCCGUGCGCCGAAGCACAUGUACGGCACUGAUUGUAUGACACCGGAGCGAUACUCCGUUCCCUACUUCUGCGGCCCGAACCACUCUACUAUCAUCGAUAGCAUUCCCGGGACAUGGUCUGAGACUGUACCUAAGAAAUAUGAACCUAUUGAUUCCACCGAGUACCUGAUGAAGCGACUCGCCAUGUCAUAUACGUGAUUAUAUGUUUCUUUUUACAUUACAGAGGCGUAAAUACUCCAUCUGGCUGUUUCUGCUUUCCACCGGAGUACUAGUAGUAUUUGGAUGAUCUGUAUUUUAAAAUGCGUUGGCCCCUGUCCUGAAUUGCUAGAAUAAGCCGAGCCGACGGCAAUUACG